AUUUGACCAAAAGUAUUUACAAUAAAAUUGUAAAUAUAAUAUUACGUGUUAAUAUUAGUAAGCAUUUUUGGGCAGACGUUGUCGUCGUUUAUCAUUUUAAAAAAAUCAGUAAAUUCUGUUAUCAGUAAUAAACGCUGUAUUGAACCUGACAUUAUUUCGGGGUAAAAAUUAUGUCUCAAUGUUUGUCAUUAACUAUAUGUGUACCAAAAUGUCAUCCAAAUCCGUGCAGUACUUUUUCUGUGACUGAGUAAUAAACAUAUAAAACUUUCAUAUCUAUAAUAUUAAUAGCGGCCGUCGUCGGCGUUCUCAUCCUUGUUAACUUUUCUUCUUUGCGAAUCUCGCAGAAAUCUAAAAUUUUUCCGCCUUAAAAACGAGUUCGUCGUGUUAUUAUUGUUCUGGCCCUACUGAAUCGAACUAAAGAACGAUAAAACUGACAUCACCUUCCGUUGUUUGUCAACGGAUAAAAAAUAACAAAUUCAAAUCAAAUAAAACUGCAACGGUGAACGGCUGACCGCCUACAUUUUACAAAACGACUGUUAUGAAAUUAUUUGUUUAUUUAUUCAAUCCUUUCUGGUUAAAUGUGUUUAUUCAGAAUUUAAUGUUGAUGCUGGUUAUGUGAAAAAGUGUUUUACCAUCAUGUUACAAAAAUGGAAAAGCAUUCUUACCAAUUGGGUAAAUUGUUACUUUAUAGAAAGCGAUGUUAUAGAAUCUCUUGUUAAUCUGGAUGUUCUUCUAAGUAUUAUAUCUCAUUUGCGUGAAAAUCUAAGUUUGGAUGAGUCAAAGUCUUCUUUAUUAGAGGCACACACUGUCGAGGAGUUUAUCCAUGAGAAGUUUCCAGGAUUUCUUUUUACCAAUGGAACUGUUGAAGCUCACACUGAAGAUGAGUUGUACAUGGUGGCAUCACUGUUACUCUUUUUUGUAUGUGUAAAUUCUAAAGAUAUAGAUAUCAAAAGUGCAAUGUGCAAUAAACUGAGUACUGAUGAUCAGGAAGUCAUACUGAAAUUCAGUAAAUGUCUCAUGGAGUGCUCCCCAAUUACAUACAAGGAUGUCCAGACUGCCAUUACUGAUGCAUGCAGGCCUGAUUCUAUGAUAGCUGAGUCAAGCAGUGCUCACACAAUGGUGUCGGAGACCCCACCGGCUCUGCGGUCAUUACAUGGUGAAGUGCGACGGUUGCAGGCAGCACUAGAAGCAGAACGGUUUGACCGUAACUACCUGCAAGAAGAGCUUGCUAGGACUAACCUAAGGGUUGAGAAGCUUUCAAAUGACAAAGAACAGUAUAAACAAGACAUAGUGAAUCUUAAAGCAAAGAUUUCAAUGUGCUGUGGACAAGAAUCUGAAGGUAAUCCUGGGGACAAAGCUACAGAGGGAACUGCAAAACUCAUGAAAGAACUGCAAGAAACUGAAGAACGCUUGGUUGAUACUCAAGGUCAAUUAGAUGAGGCGCUUUAUGAGAGAGACAGUUAUAAAACCAAGGUGAAUGAAUUGAAACAAGAACGCGACAAAUGGCUGGAUUUGAGUCAACAAGAAGCAGCUCGGGUUAUUCAGCUAUCUGAGGAGUUGACCGUGGAGAGGCGACACGUGCUAUCUCUAAAGGAACUGGUGGAAGAACUGCGACAACAUCGGCAACUCAACCGUAUGGACAGCAGCCUGUUGGAGUGCGACGACCCCGACGCCAGUGUGCAUUCUUUGCCACACAACUCUUCAAUUUGUAGUGAAGCAUGUGCUAACGUGGUUGAGGUGCAGCUAAGUGAAGAAAGAGCUAAAAUUGUCCUUCUUCAGCAGCAAAUACAAUCAUUACAGGAGCAGCUAACUGAUUUAACACAAAAGAGCGAAACUGAAAUCCUAACAUUGAAUACAAUUCUAUCUGAGAAAGAUAAUGACAUUUUUAAUUUAAAACACCGUAUUAACGAAGAAAUUGAAGCUAAAAAUAAAUUAGCAACGCAGUACAGUGAUGAAAACAGUAGACUUAAUAACGAAAUAAAUGAAUUAGAACAGAAGCUCAAAGCUAACAAGAAUCAGCACAGGAUAGUACUUGAAUCAAAAAUGCAAGAUAUACAGACUCUCCAAGAGGAAAAGCUGUCUUUGCUUCAAAGUCUGAAUGAUGAAACAACAAAACUGGAAGACUUAAUAAAAAAUCUCAAAUCUGAAUUGGCAACUGAAAGAGACGCGAAAUUUAAACUUAAGGAAGACUACAAUAACCACAUAAUGGAGUUAAACGAGAAAGUUCUGAACAGGAACAAUGAAUUGGUUGAACUUCAAAAUAAUGUGUUUGAAAAGAGUGACCAGAUUGAAAGUCUUCACCUACAAUUGAGAAAAGAGAAGCAGAAAAAAGAAGAUGUAAUAGGAAAAUAUCACAAUGAACUUGAACUUUUUAAUACUAAAAGAACAGAAGCUGAAAGUGUAAUACAACAAAAGAAUGAAGAGAUAAAGAAUCUAAUGGACCGCCUGAACCACAAUUAUAAUUUUACAGAAGGAUUAAACCGGGAAGUAAACAUAUUAAAAGAAAAUAUAACACAACUAACAACUGAUUAUAGUUUAAUGGAAGAGAGCAAGAAUUCUUUAGUAAAAGAAAUAGGAAUUCGGGAUGAUAAAAUAGAUAUAAUAUCUAAAGAAACCGAUAAUAUAAAAAACAUACUUAGUGAAGAAAAAAGCAGUUAUGAAAAACAUAAAAAUGAUUAUGAAGCUAAGAUCAUCGCAUUGAGGAAAACUAUUGAAGAAACUCGUCAAGAAAUUUUACGACAAAAAGAUUCAUACACUGCCGUCCUAGAAAGUAGGGCAAGAGAUAUUCAUACUUUACAGCAAGAAAACCAAUCUCUUGUAGAUGAUCUCAAUGAUGUCAAAUAUCAACUUGAACUUAAAGUACGUUCCUUAGAGGAGAAACUCAUUGAAAAUGAGAAUUUAACAGAAAAAUUGAAGAAUUCCUACGAGUGCCAGAUUGAAAAUCUGAAUGGCAUGGUCACUAAAUUGACAAAUUAUUUAAAAGAUAAAACAUCAGAAUUGGAUACAAUAAAAAAAGAAAAAGAGAGGCUCCAAGAAAUUAUUGACGGCAAUAAUGAGGUGAUUAAAACCUUAGAAGAAGAAGUUAUGUUACAAAAAAGUAACUGUGAAAAGCUAAUCAAUGAGUUUGAGUCUGAAAGAUUGGUUCUCAAAAAUAUGAUAACUGUUACUGAAUCAGUUAUGGAAGAUCAAAGAUUAACUUUAAACGAGACUAUUUCAAAUAACGUGAAAGACAUUGAAGCUCUUAAAGAAGAACUUAAAGAUUGGCAGCAUAAAUAUGCCACUGAGAAGUCUGCAGCUGAUAUUAAGUUACAAGAAAAUAAAGAGAUGUUUGAAAGGGUGAUUAAAGAUCUAUCAGAGGAAAGAAACGUUAAAGAAAAACUGGAACUGAACAGGAAUAAUGAAUUGGUUGAACUCCAAAAUAAUGUGUUUGAAAAGAGUGAACAGAUUGCAAGUCUUCACCUAGAAUUGAGAAAAGAGAAGCAGACAAAAGAAGAUGUAAAAGAAAAAUAUCGCAAUGAACUCGAACUUUUUAAUACUAAAAGAACAGAAGCUGAAAGUUUAAUACAACAAAAGAACGAAGAGAUAAAGAAUCUGAUGCAAUGCCUGAACCUCAGUUAUAAAUCUACAGAAGAGCUAAACGGGGAAGUAACCAUAUUAAAAGAAAAUAUAACACAACUAACAACAGAUUGUAGUGUCAUGGAAGAGACUAAGAAUUCUCUAAUAAAAGAAAUAGAAAUUCGGGAUGAUAAAAUAGAUGAAAUAUCUAAAGAAACUGAUAAUAUCAAAAACAUACUAAAUGAACAAAGAAGUAGUUAUGAAAAACAUAAAAAUGAUUAUGAAGCUAAGAUCAUUGCAUUGACGAAAACCAUUCAGGAAACUCGUCAAGAAAUGGUACGACAAAAAGAUUCAUACACUGCCUUCGUAGAAAGUAGGGCAAGAGAUAUUGAAACUUUACAGCAAGAGAACCAAUCUCUGGUUGAUGACGUCAAAUAUCAACUUGAAUUUAAAGUACAUUCCCUAGAGGAGAAACUCUUUGAUAAUGAGAAUUCAACAGAAAAAUUGAAGAAUUCCUACGAGUGCCAGAUUGAAAAUCUGAAUGUCAUGGUGACUAAAUUGACAAAUUAUUUAAAAGAUAAAACAGCUGAAUUAGAUACAAUAAGAAAAGAAAAAGAGUGCCUUGUAGAAAAUAUUGACAGCAAUAAUGAGGUGAUUAAAACUUUAGAAGAAGAAGUUAAGUUACAAAAAAGUAACUGUGAAAAGCUAAUCAAUGAGUUUGAAUCUGAAAGAUUGGUUCUCAAAAAUAUGAUUACUGUUACUGAAUCAGUUAUGGAAGAUCAAAGAUUAACUUUAAACGAGACUAUUUCAAAUAACGUUAACGACAUUGAAGCUCUUAAAGAGGAACUUAAAGAUUGGCAACAUAAAUAUGCCACUGCAAAGGCAGCGGCUGAUUAUAAGUUACAUGAAAAUAAAGAGAUGUUUGAACGGGUCAUAAAAGAUCUGUCAGAGGAAAGAAACACUAAGGAAAAACUGGAAAAAGAAUUAGAGAAUCAAAAUCAAUAUUUCAUUACAGAAAUAAAUAAACUCAAAGAAGAAAUAGCUACAAAGAACUCUCAAAAACAAAUAUUGGAAACACAAUACAAAGAAUUAACAGCUGUUUUGCAAAAAUGUAGUGAUGAUUAUGCUCUAGUAAAAAAAGAAAAAACAGAGUUGGCUAACAAAGUGAAACUACUUAUGGAAAAAAUGGAAUCUACUUCAUGUCAACUUAAUAACCUGGAAUCGCGGUGUAAGAGCUUAGAACAAGAUUCUCAAAUAUCCCGAAAGGUUAUAACACAAUUGAAAGAUGAAAACAAAACUUUGAAAAACAAAGUGAAUGACUUGAAAAAAGGCAAUGAUACAAAAAUAUCUCAAAAUGAAAUACUGGAAAUUAGAAACAGUGAACUAGAAAGACUUCUGCAGCUUAAUAAGGAAGAUCUGGUGUCAAUGGAAAAACGUAAUAAUGAAUUAAAAAUAGUCAUUGAUUCUCAAGAAACUGAACACAAUGAUAGAUUAAACAAAAUUUUGAUAGAAUAUAAGGACCAGAUUAAAGACUUAGAAAGUACACUGGACGAAAAACAUAAGUUGACAAUUGAAAUAGAAGAGAAGCUGAGAGCUCUGAAUCACCAGGUGGAGGUACUAACGAAAGCUUACGACAGUUUAGAACAAGAAAAAAAUGAAUAUAAACUUACAGUCGAUCAAAUGAAAUCUCAAAUUGCUCAAAGAGAUGGAACAUUAGCAGAAGAAAUAUCUAAAUUAAAAAAAGAAAAUACAGAUUUGAUACGUUUGGUUGAGGAUGAUAAAAAAGUCAUAACACAAUUGAAAGAUGAAAACGAAAUUUUGAAAAAUAAAGUACAUGACUUGAUGAAAGACAAUGAUACAAAAAUAUCUCAAAAUGAAAUACUGGAAAUUAGAAACAGUGAACUAGAAAGACUUCUGCAGAUUAAUAAGGAAGAUCUGGUGUCAAUGGAAAAGAGUAAUAAUGAAUUAAAAAUAGUCAUUGAUUCCCAAGAAACUGAAUACAAUGAUAGAUUAAACAAAAUUUUGAUAGAAUAUAAGGGCCAGAUAAAAGACCUAGAAAGUACAUUGGACGAAAAACAUAAGUUGACAAAUGAAAUAGAAGAGAAAGUGAGAGCUCUGAAUGAUCAAGUGGAGGUACUUACAAAAGCUUACAACUGUUUGGAACAAGAGAAAAAUGAAUACAAACUUACAGUUGAUGAAAUGAAAUCCCGAAUUGCUGAAGAAGAUGGAAAAUUAGUAGAAGAAGUAUCUAAAUUAAAAAAAGAAAAUACAGAUUUAAUUUCUUUGGUUGAGAACGGUAAAAAAGAUCUGGUAUCGAUGGAAAAGCGUAAUAAUGAAUUAAAAAUAGUCAUUGAUUCCCAAGAAACUGAAUACAAUGAUAGAUUAAACAAAAUUUUGAUGGAAUAUAAGGACCAGAUUAAAGACCUAGAAAGUACACUGGAUGAAAAACAUAAGUUGACAAAUGAAAUAGAGGAGAAAGUGAGAGCUCUAAAUGAUCAAGUGGAGGUACUAACGAAAGCUUAUAAUUGUCUGGAACAAGAGAAAAAUGAAUACAGACUUACAGUUGAUGAAAUGAAAUCUCGAAUUUCUAAGGAAGAUGGAACAUUAGCAGAAGAAAUAUCUAAAUUAAAAAAAGAAAAUAAAGAUUUAAUUUGUUGGGUUGAGGAUGAUAAAAAAGUGAUACUAAACUUGGAAGAAGCUAUCAAAAAAGAGAAGGAAUCAAAUGAUUUUGUGAAAUUAAACUUAGGUAAUAAAUGUUCCAUUCUGCAAGAAUAUCAGACCAAAGCAGAGAAGCAGCUAGAGGAUCAAGAGAAAGAAAUUGAUACGUUACAAAAAGAAAUUGAAAUAUUGAAAUGCAAGGUUGAUGAUUAUGAAAAAGAUUUGAAAGAAAAAGAAGAAUGUAUAAAAACUAAAGAUGAGAGAAUGAGUUCUAUGCAACAACAGUUAUUAGAAGAAAAGGAAAAUUUAGUUGCAAUACGAAACGAGUUGGAUGCAAAAGAAGGAGUAGUAUCAGAACUGAAGCAGAGACUCAAUGAUGCCCAUUCUGAAGAUGUGCUUAGAGUUUUAAGGAAUGAAGAGUGGGUUAGAGCUGUGGGCCAAAGAGAUGCUUAUGCUGUUGCUGUGUCUGAAAAGACUGGAAGUCAUAAAUAUGCCAGUCCAUUCGAGAAAGACUACCGCGAGUACCAUCAUCAGGUAGAUUAUACAACUUCAGACCUUGCACAUUCAUCUAUGGACAGUAUUAAGACUAUUUCAGACUUAGAAAAAAUCAUUCAUGACAAAAACAGGACCAUUACUACUCUCCAAAGUGAUAUUACUUAUAUGAAGACACUUGUAGCAGAUUCCGAAAACAAAUUGUUAGACGUUACUAGAGAAUUGGAAAUCAGCAAGGAAAAUUGCCAGCAGCUGUCUAAUCAGCUUAAGAAGAUUGUUCAUCAAAAGAACGAGGAAAUAGCAGAGUUGAAGAAGCAUGUCAACAAAAUGAGCAUCACCGAGAACAGGGCAAGUCAAAUCAUAAAGGUUUCGGCUAAAUAUCAGGCAAUAAUACUAAAGAGAAUAUCUGAAAUUAAAUCUAAUGCUGUCUUGAAGGAAUUGACUAAUUUGGGGAACGCUACUAACGGCGACAACGAGUUGCGGCGGAGCUUGAACGCUGGCACUAUCACUAUGGAGGACCUCGAGAACUUCCUGGAGACAACAGACAAGCAUCUGCGAAGAUGUUCGGAGAAGCAGAUCGCGCUACAGAAGGAGAGAGACAGACUGACCGAAGUGAACAGGAUUAACGAAUCUGAGAUAAUCAAUUUGAAGAAGUUUUUGACUGAGCUAUCUGUGAGCUUUAAGACUUUCAGCAAUGUGAAAGAUUUGUAUACGCAGAAAUUGAGCAGGGUAGUGUCUAUACAACGGACGGUUAGAAGGGAGAUAUUAAGUUUGGACGGUAGGGUUAACGACGCUACUAUGUGCAAGUUAGAACGAGGUUACGCAGCCAUCAUGCAGGAUCUAUCCGAAUGCGUUAUGAACUUGGAGAGAUGGGUGGAGAGGUCCAUAAGUAGGACGAUUUCGACGGAAAGGAUAAAACAGGCGUUUUCGAGCGACGACGACCGCGCGUCUUUGGCUUCGACCACGUUCCAGAACACGAGCUUAGAGGUGCAGCUAGAGGAACUCGAGAGCUCGUUCCAGAAACUUUUAGAAGAAGUGGUUCGCGCACAGAAGGGGGAGGGAGCGAAAGACACGCAAUCAGUCACCGUAAUGGAGGUCCGCGCCGAAUACGAGGACAAACUCAACAGAAUGAAGGCUAAAAUGAAAGAGUUAUACCAAGAGCAGAUGUCGGUUUUCCAAGAGAGGCAAAGGCAUGAGAUAGCGACAUUAGAGCGGGAGUUGAUGAAGACCCGGGAGAAGUUGGCGGAAUCGAGUAAAGCUUACGAGGAGCAUAUCAGGUCACUGACCACGGAGCUGUGGAGAGUGGGUGAGAAAUUCCUGUCCCAGAAGGAUGAACUCGAUUGGGAGAGGAGGAAGCAGCGCUCCGGAUCUCUCAUGUCGCUGCAGCACGUGCAUUCGUCUGGACUAGUUCCACUGAAGGAGGACCACUCCCGCAUCUCCGACGCGCACUCGCUGCGGUCGCUGCCAAUCCAUAACACCAAUACAAAUAAACGAGAAGGGCGCGGCCUCCACAUGUCGGACGAGGAGGGCGAAGUGUUCGACAACCGCUGCCUCAAGGAGCUGGCGACAACCCCCCGCGCCCGCGCCCGCGCCUCCUCCCCCGCGCGCCUCUCCGAGCUGCGCUGGCGCAACUCUUUAUGCCCGCCCCAUCUUAAGAGCUCCUACCCCGCCGAGACGCAGUUCGCGCCCAACGCGGACGAGGAACACAUCAAGUGUAUGGAAGCCGCUUCUCUGGGAGGUCGCAAUCAGAGGAAAGAGGUUGGCAUCACCGCAUACAAGAAACCCGGUCCGCCGACUCCUAGCAAGCAAGCCGGGAGACUGUCCGCUACGGACUCAGAAUUGCGUGAAUCGCUGCGGCCGGAACCCGAGCAGCACACCUUGCGCAAGACUAGCACCCCCUCCCGACUCCUGUCGCUGUUUCGCUCCAACAAGAACGACACUGCUGAGGGCACCCCACGAAAAAGGCUCAGCAUGUUCAGGAAGAAAUUAUAAUUUUAAUGGCACUGUGAUGUAAUGGACAAAUUAUGUUGAAUAAAUUCUUUAAUUUAUUACCUUUUUACAAAGUUGUUUUUGGUAUUUUGAUUAAAUUGAUGAAGUCAACAGUGUCCCUGCUGCGACUGCGCCCCUAUUGAAAAGAUAUUUUUUGAAUAAAAUAUAUUUUUUUACUAACGCCCCUAUUGAAAAGAUAUUUUUGAAUAAAAUAUAUUUUUUUACUAACGGGCGUCUGAGUACACGCAAUUUAAAUUUAAUACAUGUCAAAGAGACGUGUUGUCUAAUUGUGUUGGUAAUAUCGUGACUGCCACAAAUUCUGCCCAUAUCGCGUAGAUUCUUGCUUACGGCAAGGUUUAAUAAAUUGGCCUCCAGUACCCUUAGCACGAACCAAUAUCGAAUUCGAAUAGUUGUAUUCGAUCUCGAUACGCCUCAAAUGUCAAGAAGUUUUGUGUGGAAAAAUUGUACUGGAUUCAUUCUUUACUGAGACCGCAAAUGAAUGCCAACCGCUAACUGAAUCGCCAGUGGGUAAAAAAAUGGCGACCAUACGCAAUGCGGAGUGACCCGCGACUCAUCAUGAGGAUCCGUAAGGAUUGUAGUUGAGAAUAUAGAUUCAUAGACAUAAGGAUUCCAUAAAAUACAGUGUUAAAAUUUUUGUUCUACGACAAUUAUUGACGAAGUUAUGACCAAAUUGCUAAACGAAUUUUCGGCUGGCUGCAUAGUGGCUAUGACGUCACAGAGCUCUGGCGCUCGGGCGCGAGCGUGCGUGGAGUCGCUACUAAAGUUCGACCGGAGUGAACCACGAUCGAGCUCUGUGACGUCACACGUUUCGGCUGCUGGUGAAUAUUGGCUACCACAUAGGUAAUUAGUUGUAAAAUCGCAACGAAUGAACCGAUUGCGAUGAUUUAAAAAAUAUAUUAAUUAAAAAGCCUCUUGGAUACCCUUGAUUUUGAGUUAAUUUGCUGACCUAGUAAUGAUCCUCAUUCAACUGCUGCGGUUUAAAUUUUGUUGCGUUCGGUAGCAAUACUGAAUCGGUACAUGACAUAGGGUGUAUUCCGUAAUAUCUACCAGUAUACUGGCCAGUGCUAAUGACGUCAUAUAUUGACGAAAUAUUAAAAAUAGUGCGAAUAAAGAAGAUUUUUUAUUCACCUCAUCAAUUAAAAGGAAUUCUUUUUGUUCGGAUGCCAUUAUUGUUCUUUAAAUAAAAAAGAAAUAAAAUUCGAAUGCAUCUCACGCACUAUAUAUAACAUGAAACAAACACGCGAAGCGGACGUCCGUACCAUGCUCCCGCUUAAAGCAGCACAGGCCUUUAGUGUGUGACGCGGUAUUCGCAGAGUUUUUUAGCGGAUAGUAUGCCACAAGCGCUCGUAAGCAGCGCGGAAUGCUUAACGGUUUUUCCAUUUCGCACCCGUGAGACUUGCGAGAGGCUAGGUGUGAGGUCCGUUCGUUGGGUUGCCCCUUCAAUGCACCAACGUCUGUAAAUAGAGGUUUUUUUGACUGCGUAAUAAAAAAGGCCUUUAGUGUACGAUGACACGCGGCCGAGUGUUGCGCGCUUUCCGCUUUAUAUGAACGGUCAGUGAUACGAGAAAAAGUUAAAAAAAAAUAUGAUAAAUUGCCUGCUUAACAACUAUCAUAAUGGGAUACAUUGUGGUAGGAGCACCGAGAAAGUAAUUUUUCUGACUUUCACCUCGAAUACAAGAGACUUAUCAUGCUUUAUAAGGGAUAAAAAGGACAGACUGAUAUCAAAUUGCAAAAUACAAAUAGCCAAGUAAAGUGCUGGCAUGAGAUCUCCCCUAACCACUGUGACUUUUGACACGUUACUUCUUAUGACAGAAACAAGGGAUUUGCUUUUCAGGUUUAUUACCUCUUCAUGUUUACCUCACAUUCCGUAAUUGAGAUCUUUUUUGGUUUAUUUCACUGGACUAUAAAGACAAAAUUAAAAAUCAUCAGUCUUAAAAUUAUUUUUAUUUCACAGAAGUACACCACGAGAAUUACUUUAGCACCGAACAUUACAUACAAAUGUACAAAAUUGUGCCUUUUCAUUGAUCACACUAAUUGUUUAAUUAUAACUAUAAAACAUUAAGUCAAUCUUAAAACAACAAAAUAUAGCUUAAUUACCAUAAGUAUUUGCAAUAUUAAAUUAAUCUUUUUUUGUUUACAAUUCUUUAAAUUAGUUUUUAAUAAGUGUUUAUCUACAUGAUUUUGAUUUAUCAAAAACUAUUACAUAUAAAAAAGGUUAAUAAUGUAAUGUCAUGAUAAAAAGUUUUAUUUGUACAAAAAAUAAAUAAUUAAACGAAAUAACAAUUUUACAAUAAAUCCCUUGUGAUAUCUAUGAAAAUAAAAAAUAAUAAUAAUGAGUAACAUCACCUUUGCUUUUUCAAUAAAACAAAAUUAUGAUAAGAAUUUUGUGCAUGAUUGCGACGUAUCUGGAAUAAUAAUAAUAAUUAUGCAUUUAAAAAUGUUUAAAUUAACAGACUGUAAUUAACAGCAAGAUGCAAGGUGAUUAUUAACAAGGAUGAAUUAAUUAAUCAGAAUAGAGCAUUGAGUAAAUGAUAAAAUUCAACAUUUUGGUAUAGGUAGACCGCUUAGGGGGCGUCCAUAAAUUACGUGAGGUGUUUUUUGAAUUUUCUGUCCCAUCCCCCAAUCUCACGUAAGAUUUUUCAAAAUGUGGGUUUCUUACGUAAACGCGUUGGGAUUGUUAUUGUAAAAAGAAAAACAAUGCUUCGUGCUUUUAUUUACGACUAAUUAAGACUAUUAAUCAUUAUUACUGAGAUUUAAUAAACAUUACAAUCUGGAUUAAAUGGACCAAAAUAGUUUUUGUUUUGUUUCAAUCAGAAAAAAAAUUGCGUGAUAUUAUCCGAGACCCCCCCUCUCUCCAACGUAAGAUUAGAUAAGAUUUGACUCGACCCCCUCCCCCCCCCCCCCCCUUAAAAAUCUCACGUCAUUUAUAUACGUCCCCUUAACGGGGGUCGUGAGAGGUGCGGGCGGCGGGCACUUGUAAUUUUGACAAUUCGGUGUAUUACGUAAUAUAUACCAGUGCACUGGCCAGUGCUAAUGACGUCAUGAAUCGACGCUAUACUGGUGAAUUAUUCCGAAAUAUACAGGCCAGUCCACUGACAUCAUAAAUCUACGAAAUAUUAAAAAUAGUGCGAAUAAAGAAGAUUUUUUAUUCACCUCAUCAAUUAAUAGGAAUUAUUUUUGUUCUUGAAAUAAAAAAGAAAUAAAAUUCGAAUGCAUCUCACGCACGUACGUCGGUCAUAUGUCAUAUAUUAUUAUACGUAUAUUCGUUUUCCCGAUAAAAAUAUGGUAGCAAUUCAGUACAAUAUGGCGUCGGAUCCCUGACGUCAUUACCACUGGCCAGUAUACUGAUGUAUAUUUCGGAAUACACCCAAGAAUGUGCCUGCCGCCCGCACCUCUCACAGUGCCCGUUUUCUCCCUCCCCCACACCCUGUACCCCGCAGGCGAGGUCUCAGUUAUGCAGUUUACCUAUAGUAGGUACGAUAGGAAAAUAAAUUUUACUGUUGUACCUACUAAAUUAUGGCCGUUUGAGGUCCUAACGUACCACACCGCUUUUUGUACAAUUGUCAUAGCAAUAAAUUUUUUUGCCACACAGAGUUUAUUAUUAUGAUAAGAAAAUGAAGGAUGAAUUCGUUUACAGAAAACCAAAAAUCUACAAAAUUAAUAUGAUAGAUAGCAUUCAAUUCGGGCAAAAGAAAAUUUAUAAGAUAUAUUUUAUAUUGAUUUUAUUAGUCAAAUCAAUAGAAAAUUUAGUAAGUACAUACUUAUAUGAUACUUUAUGCUAUUAGUGUAUUUAAAACGUUGGAUAAAAAAACUGGCCAAGCGCGAGUCUAGCAUCGCUGUAUUAGGGUUCCGCCUCCGUGCAAUAACAAACCGCGAAAGAAAAAAUCAUUUGUUUGUUUUUCGUCACAACUUACAAAGUACUUUAUUAUGUAUCGAAGUUUUCAGUGUUGUUUAAAUACAGUAUAAGGGACAUCGUAUACAGAAAUUUCACAUUCGUAACUUGUUUCGGUUUUGAGAUAGACUCGUAACAAAAUUGGUCUUAAGAUUACAACUCUGACGGACCCCAUUUCUUUGUUAUUGAAAAAAACAACAACAAGCUCUAAUCUACUUUGUGUUCAGACGCGGUUGCUGCCUGAAAUUUUGAAGGGGAUCAAGACUUACAAUUUCAGCAGUCUUUUUAUUUGGGUAGAGAUAAUCUUUACAAACUUGAAUAAUGUUAAAUAAAUAAAUAAAUAUUUCCAACACUCACACCAAUUAGCCUAGCCCCAAAGUAAGCACUGUAAGGCUUGUGUUAUGGGAUACUAGGGUAACGGAUGGAAUACAUAUACUGAUACAUAAAUAAGUAUAUUUAUAUAGAAAUACAUAUUAAACAUCCAUGACUUGAGUACAAAUGCUCGUAUUCGUCACACAAACAUCUGCCCCCACCGGGAUUCGAGAACCCGGGACCUCUUGAGUAGGCGACACCUUGAAACCCGGCGUACAAACCCCUCGAUCACGGAGGUCGUCAAAUGAAUAAACAAAAAACGGUUAGGGCAUUUGACGUGUGCGAUUUUGGGGGUUACGUCACCUGUGACCCCAUUUAGGACCGCGCCUGGAUGUGUCACAUGGUGGCUUAAAAAAAUAACAGUUGCAUUUUCACGUCCCAAAAAUAAUUAAAUAGAAUUUUUAAAAAAUCGGUAUUGGGCAAGCAUUCCACGUAAAAUACCAAAAUUAAAAUUAUGUAACUCAUUCCAUCAACGAUCUAGAGAUACCAGUGACAUACGGACUGACAGAUGACAGAGUGACAGCAAUGGGGUUCUGUUUUACACUUUGGGUACGGAACCCUAAGAUAAUAGAAUCAAAUCUAAUACAGUAUUAAUUACAAAGUUCUGGAAUUCAGCGUUAAUUGCAAUAGCGCGUCAAAUAAGCAGAUUCAAUAUUUAAUUGUAAACACAUUUAAAACACAUCUCUUUUACUACCAUGUCACUUAAAAAUAUAUAAAGUUAUUCACAGAACAAUAUCAAUAACAACAUAAUUUAUUCCUAAAAAUGUUAUAUUUUGUGGUAAUAAAUAACUUCAUCACUUAAUUAAUAAAUUAUUUUGUUAGCUAACUAUAUUAUUUAUCAUCUAUACGAAUUAAGAUGAUGAUGGCAGUAUUAAACUGUUGCUUUUUUGUAUAAAAAAACGCUAACUAUGCUUCUAUCUAUUGUGUUGUGUUCAAUUACAUUUUCAUUUAUAAUAACUAUGGUCGUUCACGAAUGCGUGAACUUCUGCUACUAAUUUUAAUUAUCAUUAAUUAACAAGUAUACAGUUGUAUAUUUUAAUAUUGCGUAAGUUUUCAUCAAGCGAUUAUCCUUCCAAGUUAACAAGUACCUACACGAUUAUUAAAUUAUUUUAAAAAGACUACAAAUGAGCUGACGCUAUAAACGCCUUUUACGUAUAUAUAAAAGGCGUUUCUAAUUUUAACUAAGUAAAUAACUCAUGAAUAAAUGUGGUCUUCGAUUACAGCAUUUAAUAAUUCAUGAUCAUUGUUUUUUCAUGAUAUUUAUCUUACGAUUUACAAAUGAAGUAGCAAAAUGAAGAUAUAUACAAGGUCAGGUCAUAAGUAUUGUCACACAGUAAAAACUUUUCUUUUAGAAUGCUGGCCACAAAAAAGUUAAUUGAAUUCGAAUUUCGAAUUGUUCAUGAAAAUAAAAAUUGAUACUUUUUAGAAUUUUACUCAUUUUUAAAUACGGAGUGGACGUAUAAAGAAGAGUGAAGACCGUGUUGCAGUUAUUGCGGUGCAUCGUUGCGGUUACGCGCUAAUUCAAAUUUUUGACAUACUGAAAAAUUUGAAUAUAACCAAAAGAUUCGUUUAUCGUACCAUCAAACGAUACAAUGAAGACACUAGUGAGGAUGACAAGUCAAGAAGUGGUCGCCCUCGGUCCGUUAGGACUUCAGCAGUGAUAAAAUCUGUGAAGGCGCGAAUUCAAAGAAAUCCCAAACGUAAACAGAAACUGUUGGCCCUUCAGAUGGGGUUAAGCAGAACCACGGUGAAAAGGGUGUUAAAUGAAGACUUAGGGCUUCGUGCAUAUCGAAGAAAAACAGGACAUCGUUUGAAUGCUCGUCUAAUGGACCUGAGACUGAAGAGAUGCCGCGCUUUGUUGAAGUGCCCGCGUUGAGUACUCGGGAAAAAAAUAUCGGGUAAUUCUUUUUUCGGUUAAAAUUUUUUUUACCGUAGAAGAGAGCUACAACAAACAAAAUGAUAAGGUCUAAGUAAUAAAUAAAAUAAGUAAUGUAAGAUGUAAGCGAGCAACCGUAUUCCACGUGUCCAACGAGGUCAUUAUCCAUCCUCGCUCAUGGUAUGGUUGGGAGUUUCUUAUUGGGGCUUAACAGAGGUACAUUUUUGUGAGAAAGGUGUAAAAACGAAUGCAGUUGUGUAUCAAAAUACAGUCCUGACGAACCUUGUGGAACCUGUUUCGCAUACCAUGUUCAAUAACAGGCACUGGGUAUUCCAACAAGAUUCGGCGCCAGCUCAUAGAGCGAAGAGCACACAAGACUGGCUGUGAAAUCGUGAAAUCGACUUCAUCCGACACGAAGACUGGCCCUCCUCCAGUCCAGGUUUGAGUCCGUUAGAUUACGAGAUAUGGCAACACUUGAAGAAAAAGGCGUGCUCAAAGCCUCAUUCCAAUCACUCAAGACAUCUUUGAUUAAGGCAGCCGCCGAUAUUGAAAUGGACCUCGUUCGUGCUACGAUAGACGACUGGCCGCGCAGAUUGGAGGCCUGUAUACAAAAUCACGGAGGUCAUUUUGAAUAAACUUUAUUGUCUUAAUUGUCAUAAGAAUCUAUGUUUUGUUAAGUUCAUUUUAGUAUAUAAAUGGUUACAUAAUGAAUAAACUUGUUUUAAUUAUUUUAUAUUAAACAUGUGACAGAAUUUAUGACCUGACUAGGUAUAUACUUAUUUUUUCGAUUAUUUCAUCAGGAGUCUUUGAAAUCAUUAUUUAAAGUCGCUGAAUAAAUAAUAAAUAUUUGCAGGUCAAGUUACGUAAGAACCUUAGUCACCCUGAAAAUAUUUAUAAUUAAAUGUUGUUGUCGGUUACAGGCUGCAGAAGUUCGCUUAAUAAAAUUGAAAUGCCUUUUUGGUGACUAAUCGCUUAGUGUAAACUGUCCCAGUAAAAUUAGUUAAACUGUUUUUAUUGACGGUUGUGUAUACUACAGCAGUUUCGUAUUAAGGUAACUAGUGCGUUUCCAUUCCUCUAUUAAAUUACGGGUCUGUCUGAGGGCUACUCUGCUCGUUUAGCUGGUCGUAUUGAAUGACGGUACUGCAUUCUUGCGCUAUGAAUGUAUAUAAUGACAUUCCUUUUUAAAUAAGCUAUACCAUUAUAUUAUCAAAUAUCAAACAAUUCAUAGGCGAUUCGCUAACUGUACUAUUGAAAUCCAGAUAAAUAUACAAGUAGGUAAUGAUAAAUUUUACUACAAUAGUACUUAUAUAACAAGGCUUUAGGCUUAUGUAAACUAAUUUCGAUUAAAAGUAUACGUUUGUGAUGAUUAAAUAGGUAGGUAAAGUUAGUUAUUGGAUUUCAACAGUCAAAUCUAGCCCAUUAAAACUAAAAGGCCUGUACAAAUUUCUAUCUACUCUUACUCUAAACAAUAUUACAGACCGUUUAUUAUGUAACGAAAGUACUUUUGCUGCGAUCAAGCAAACAAAAGCGAGCGAACUCGCAGCGAAUCUCAUUUAAAUCACAUCCUCACGCCGAUUGAGUCGCAUCUUCGAACGAUAUGAAUAGUUCAAUACCAGUCACGUGUUCGGUGCGACUGUCGUAUCAGCCUCGGAUCACGCCUAGCGCGCUCGGGGCUCUAACACGAGCGUCAACUUCGGGUCGAACAGUUUGAACAGGGGCGGGAGUCGGCUAGAGGCACGCGUGAGGGUUGUGUGAGCACCACUGCGGCCACAACGGCGCCGCCCGCACCCCGCGCUCCACCAGCCGCGCGCGCUGCGUGUUCAGUCUCAGGUACACGUCUGCCGCCGCGCCUUCCGCACGGUCCGACCACAGCCUCUCCGCCAGAGCCGCAGUCCGCGGCCACAUGCGCGCGUCCAGCCCGCCCGGACUCAACUGCUCGGUCCACUGGCACGCGGCGCCCCCGUCCACCCGCCAUGCCAGCCCCUCUCCCGUGCUUCCCUCUUCCACCCACGGCCUGUGCUCGUACAUCUGUUGCCAGGACCGGUACGGCCCGCAGUGGCCGUCGCUGCUGUCCCGCCACGAGCCGAACCCGCAGUCGAGGUACCACGCGUCCACGUGCGAUAUCACCGAUCGGAAGCCGGCGUCCAGCACCGCUCGCGAUUCGGGCCAACGGGACGCACCCCACACUUGCACGCCCAGGUUUUUAGAAUCUAGUUGUUCCAGGUACGGAGAACGCGUGAGACGCGACGACCAGAGUAGCGUCAAUUCUGGAAUUUUUCCACCGUUCGCCCGUUCUAGGGCUGCCAUGGCGCGUCGUGUGAAUUCGAGCCACAGUUCCAUUGGGUCGGUGUCGUUGAAGUGUUGCGACCAACAGCGUUCGGAAACCUCGUCACCUCCGAGAUGAAAGAGAUCGUCGACACCGGUGACUUGAAUGAUCUCAGCGUAUAUGCGCUCGAGAAGGUCGUACACGUGAGGGUUACGAGGGUUCAGCUGGCCACAGGGAGGUUCGCCGCAGAAGGCGCCCCACGGUUCCACCUCGAUGCAGUAGGCCAGGUGGCCGAGCCCGGCGGCGGGGCCCCAGCUCCAGGCUCGACCGACGUGCGCGGGGGCAUCUACCUCCAACAACACUCUUAUGCCACGAAGUCUCGCUCGGUGCACUACUGCCUUCACAUCUUCCAUGGUGUAUAUAGCGCCCGGUCCAUAAGCACCGUGCUGUGCUAACUGCGGUACACUGUUUAAUCUCAACGGAAAUGACUGCGAGUCGCUCACGUGCCAGUGAAACGUGUUCAAUUUGCAGGCGGCCAUCGCGUCUAUAGUUCUUAUUAAAUCGGCGACCGGGAAAAAAUUUCGCGCGGUGUCGAGCAGCAGGCCUCUAAAACUAAAUCGUGGUGCGUCCUCCACGGUAGCAGCUUCGAGAAUCAGUAGCGAAUUUGCAUACGGGUCGAGCCAUACGAGUUGCGACAGUGUUUCGAAGCCGUGUCGUGCGCCGCAGAAAGAACGAGCGGUUAUGUCUACUGUCAAGGAGUUUCCUACGGGCCGGAGAGUAAGUUUGUAGCUUUCGUCCGUGUUGAGUCGCAUGCGUGGAUCUCCUGUGCCAUUGAUUGCGACGCGCACGUGGACGGACCGCGGGGUGCCGAUGUCACUGCGUCGGAUUUCGCUGUUGACGCUCUUUUCAAGAGAUUUCAUGUCUUCCCGCAUUAGAGCGAAGGCGUCGUUGAGAUGUUGGGUGACUUCAAUUGAUGGAGAGCUGAUGACCUUGAGGAAAAAGGAGCCUGAUUUGACGGGGGUGGCGGCAGUGGCGAGGCUAACAGGGCCCGUCGGCUGCGGCCACAAUUGUGUGGACGCACAGAGCAUGUUGCAAGUCUGUAGCGAUUGUAGUGUCGAUGUUUCUGAUGCUUGUAGCCGCUCGCAGCGGUCGUUCCGACAAAUCCAUGUCCAUUGUGGAUCCGUACCUCUGAAAAACAAG